AAUUUUUUCACAAUGCGCCACUUAAUACUCUCCUUAACAAUAUUCUCAACCUGUAUAGCAAUUGUGAACUCAUGUGCUGCAACAUCAGGAACCACAUCCCCUGUAACAGUUGCACCAGUCACCCCGACAGGUUGCAACUCUUGCACUGCUGACCUGAUUGGCAUUAAAACUGGCGCAGACGGAGAUUUUCCACCAACUUCCGUUAUUGGAACUGUAAAUGGUUGCCGAACAAUUACGUAUACAUGCCAAAGAACACCUCCUGUUGCUACUGAUGUGGUUCAGAUUACUUACUACAGCGAUAGCCGUACAGAUCCAGCAUCCAUCGAAAAUGGCGUGGGCGUGGUGCAGGCGUUGAGCACAGCAAGUGCCGUAAUCGAUUGUGUGGAUGGACAUUGGGAGAAGGAUACUAUCGAAAUUAAUGAUAUUGAGUGCCAGAUUAUUACCUAGCUGUACUGUUGAAGAAAAUCGAUAAUUUAUAGUAUUUCAACAGUUCAUCACACCCACGAUUCGAUAAUAAAUAA